GAACAUGCUGUGCCCAUGGCUAACUGAAGCUUUUGAGGAGUACACACACAGGCCUGUGUGAUUACAAAUCAGGGUUUCCCCCAGUGUGACCACCGGGGUGCCGGGUGACCACGUGCUCAGCAGAAAAUAGCCGGGGAGCCUUGAACCAGAAUCGGCUGGAUAAGAGUGCAGCUCAGCAGACCAGUCCCGGGCAGACUCGGAAGAUAUUGUAGCUCGAGGCAAUCUUUCCUCUGGUCGUGGGCAAGGCACAAGAGGUCAAAGAUGGUCAAAAACCUGAAAGCUCCCGUGACAUAUGCGAAAAUGAAGGGCAUUAUGUCCCACUUUUCUGCUGUAAUUAAAGAGAGGAAAGCAUUUGCCAGUGAUUUAAUGCAGAAACUGGUGUCCAGUCCGAAGAUAUAUCGGCGCUUUGACUCUCAGGGGUUUCUAAGGCCAGAGGAGGAAGCUGCUAAUGAACUAUGCCUCAGGGAUGCAUCACUACAAAAGGUGAACGCCUCUGAUUUUGACUACUUGAAGGUGAUCGGGACCGGCAGCUUUGGAAAGGUCAUGUUGGCCAGGCACAAGGAAAGUGAGAAGUAUUAUGCUGUGAAGGUUUUACAAAAGCACCCUAUUGUGCAGAGGAAAGAGCAAGACCACAUCAUGUGUGAGCGCAGUGUUCUUCUGCGGGCCCUCGACCAUCCUUUCCUCAUCAAGCUUCACUACUGUUUCCAGACCAACGACAAACUCUACUUCGUGCUCGAUUAUGCAAGCGGAGGAGAGCUUUUCUAUCACCUCCAAAGGGAGCAAGUGUUUUUGGAGCCCAGAGCACGAUUCUACGCUGCUGAGAUUGCAAGCGCUCUGGGAUAUCUCCAUGCCUUAGAUAUCAUCUACAGGGAUCUUAAGCUGGAGAACGUCCUGCUGGACAGACAGGGCCACAUACUGCUCACCGACUUUGGCCUGUGUAAAGAGGGGGUGGACAGGGAAGGACGUACCAAAACUUUCUGCGGGACGCCAGAAUACCUGCCGCCUGAGGUGCUGCAGCAGAGGGAGUACGACCACACGACCGACUGGUGGGCCCUUGGAGUGGUGCUUCACGAGAUGCUCUACGGGCAGCCUCCAUUUUUUAGUGAAUCCCGAUCGAGGAUGCUGCAGAAUAUCCUCCACCAGCCGCUUGUCCUGAGACCUGGGGUUUCCAAAUCAGCCAGAGACCUGCUUCGCCAUCUCCUGGAGAAAGAUCCCAGGAAAAGGCUACGGACCAUGGCAGAGCUUGAGGGACAUCCGUUUUUCUCUUCAAUUAAAUGGAGUGACCUCGUGGCAAAGAAAGUGCGCCCCCCUUUCAAACCAUCUCUGUCGGGGCCAACCGAUUUGGUGAAUUUCGAUCCUGAAUUCACCCAGCUGCCUGUUCCACCCUCCCUCGGGGCAUGCGAAGGGUCCGAGCAGGCUUUCCCUGGCUUCAGCUACACCUGUGAGAACGUGUCCUGUCCACCCAGGCGAUGCUGAAUCACUCUGUGCUUUACACUCAUGGAAGUAACCUAACCUUAGAGGUGCACUGUGUGGGAUGGUGGCCAGAGUAGGUACUGCAAUUAUGCAGCUCAUUGAAACUGUCUACUACCAAAUCUGAUCUUUUCAUGAAUGUUUACUAAAUAAUGAACUUAUAUUUACCAGUAUGACCAAAGUACAGUAAGUUUUGCAGCUAAAAAAAUAUUUUUUGGGAAAUUCAAAAUGGCAGACAAAGGAAGAUCCCAUUUGCAUGUAUGAAGAAUGCAGUUUUCUCAGUCAUAAGGAAUACUUAGACUUUGAUGGUGUGGUGGUAAGUAUUCAUGAAAAAAUUAACAUUUGUGAAUGGGCAGCAUGAAUUCUGGAAAGAAACUGCUAAAAAUACAGUGCACCUUUAAGCCUCAACAUUUCCAUGUUGCGAUCUCAGUGACCUUAAAUGUUACCUCAAGACAGUUUAGAUUUUUCCCUUUUUUCUUAAACAACGCUAAGGUAGCAAUUACUAUGCCAGUGCAGAUUUUUUUCAUAUAAAUUACACCUAGAUAUUUAUUAAUAAGGCUACGCUCAUGGACCAAAUGCUGUUAAAUAAUCACAGCGGUCGCCUUUUCUCAACGUCCAACACAGGUUGUCUUACUUCACCAGUAGCCUAUGUCAAUGAAAAUUAAAGUUUAAUGUUUUAAAGAGUUUUAUGUCAUUUUUAACCCAUGUAUUUUUGUGUAUUGUGCCUCAUCUUUGAUGUCUUAAUGAUUUGGUUACAGAUAAGGAAAUUCCAAAAAACUUUUAAAAUUCACUUUAGCCUAGGAUUCAUGUUUUUAGAUGAUGUACCUAGAUGUAUUAUUUUAGUGUGAUAAUUCCAUGUGCUAUCACCAUACAUAGGCUAUAAUAAACAUAAAAAUAAAACAUGUCAAUAUUG